CGCGGAGCGGGGCCGGGCCCUGGCGUAAGCGCGGCGUCGGGUGAGGCUGUGGGGCUGGGGCACCGCUUCGCCCCGGGAGCAGCUUGCCCUAGUGUCACUGGUCAACAGCAGGAGAUGUCGACCCCCCCUCUGGCCGGGGCGGGGAUGCCUCCGGGCGCUUUCUCCGGGACGCAGGCUCAGGCUGCCAGAGAGGUGAACACGGCUUCCCUCUGCCGCAUCGGCCAGGAGACCGUGCAGGACAUUGUCUUUCGAACCAUGGAGAUCUUCCAGUUACUGAGGAACAUGCAGUUACCAAAUGGUGUUACUUAUCAUACUGCAACAUACCAAGACAGACUGGCAAAGCUGCAGGAACAUCUCCGUCAGCUAUCAAUACUCUUCAGAAAACUGAGACUAGUCUAUGACAAAUGUAAUGAAAACUGUGCUGGGCUUGAUCCUGUUCCCAUAGAACAACUUAUUCCAUAUGUUGAAGAAGAUGGCUCCAAGCAUGAUGAUCGUGGUGCUGCAAGCCAGCUUCGUUUUGCUAGUGAAGAGAGAAGGGAAAUCAUGGAAGUAAAUAAGAAACUGAAACAGAAGAAUCAGCAGCUGAAGCAGAUCAUGGAUCAGUUACGAAAUCUUAUUUGGGACAUAAAUGCCAUGCUGGCAAUGAGGAACUGAACAAGGAAAAUCAAACUUUUUAACAGAAGAAGAUACAAAUCUGUUUGGAUAUACUUAUCUUCCUUGUAAGAAAUAACAUGUUUUUCCACAAUUACAUUGCAGUAAUGUUUGAAAAGUCUUCAAGACUGAAAUGUUGGGUCAUUUUCUAUUAAUGUAAAUGCUGUUGGGUAUUUUUUUUUUUUUAGAAGAUUCAACCUGUAAGUUUUACCUGUGUGAUUCUGCUGUACAGCCUCAGUAAUUUACUGAGUACUCAGUAAUUUACUACAGUAGCAGUUUGGAUUGCUAUGCAGAUAGGGGUUUUAUAAAUAAAAUGUUUCUGAAUUUUCUUUACAAUACAAUUAAAAAUUAUAAAAACAUAUGUCUAUAUGCCAUUCUGCAGUGCAAAUAGCCUUUACAGAGAGGAAAAGUUGCAAGACAGGAAAGUUGCUCCAGUAAGCUAGAGGGCUGAAAUCAACUAUCAGAUACUGCAACUCAAUCUGCAGUAUUUUAUAUAUUAUCUGCAGUGCAGAGCAGAGCAGGACAAUCCCCUGCCUUGCCUGGCUGACCAUGCUGGGCCUGAUGUCUCCCAGGACAGGGUUGGCCCUCCUGGCUACCAGGGUACUGCUGGCUCAUGGUUGAUUUGCCACUGACCAGGACCCCUAGGUCCUUUUGCACAGCACUACUCUCCAGCCUCUCAUUUCCCAGUCUAUACACACAGCUGGGGCUGCCCCAUCCAAACGCAGAAUCUGGCAUUUGCCCUUGUUAAACUUCACACAGUUGGAGAUUGCCCAGUCCUUUAAUUUGUGGAGGUCUCUCUGCAGGGCCUUUCUGAUCCCAAGGGAGUCAACAGCUCCUCCCAAUUCAGUGUCAUCAACAAACUUACUCAGUAUUCCGUGGAGUCCUGUGUUGAAAAGCACAGGGCCAAGGAUGGAGCCCUGCAGAACCCCCCUAGUGACAGUCACCAGUCUGAUGUGCCCCAUUCACUGUAAUGCUUUGUGCCCAGCCCAUCAGCCAGUUGCUUACCUAUCAUGUAACUCAGUUAUCCAGCUGUGUGCUGGACAUUUUGUCCAGAAGGCUUCCAUGGGAGACAGUAUCCAAAAGCUUUGCUGAAAUCUGAAAAGAUUACAUCUCUUGGCUUUCCUAGGUCAGCUAGGUGGGUUACCCUGCUAUUCAACAAGCAUGAAACCAUGCUGGCUACGAAGAACUGCAACCAGUGUAUUUCUGUAGCAUUAUGUAUGGUUGAAAUACUUUGGUUUUGUUUACCAGUAUGCACUGAAUAAAGACCACAUUAAUCUUUUCCCUGUGACUAUCAGUCCUAGCAAACUUUGGAGUAUAUGAGUAGUUCACUAUUUUGAGUUAAUCAUAAACCUUCAUCUUUCUUUGUUCUAACUUUGUUACUCCUCACAAUUUUUGUUUGUCCUGAAAAUAAUCUUGAAUAUUGUUGUUGUCCACAGAUGCUGCCAGUGUGUAUGUGUCUCUUUCUCCAGAUGAAAAAAUACAUAAAACAACAGUUUCAGUAUAAAUCCACAGGGCACUUUACUCUUAGUAUUUGUCAGGUUGAAAACCAGCCAUCCUCAUGAUUUGUUUCUUGUGUAUCAGCCCAGUCAGACUCCAUAGUAGCUUUGUGUGAAAGACUUGAUCAGAGCCUCCUGAAGGGUCUGGUUAAAUGGUAUCCUUUCAAAAGCUACCUUUUUUUGCAGUCUGAUGGUUUGAUACUGGAUGCUUACUGAUUUGAGAUUCAUAGAUUUUAAUGUUACACUGAUUUUUCAUAGUCAUAGAAUGGUUUGUGUUGGAAAGGACCCUGAAGAUCAUCUUGUUCCACCAUCUCUGUCACAGACAGGGUUGCU